UUAGGGCCCGGCGAGUGCCUCAGCUGUGACAGAAAUCGCUCGUCGAUGUGCGGAACAGGGAAUCGAUCGAUUCUGUGAGACAGAUUGUGAAUUCGUGAUGGUGCGGGUCGAAGGAGCUGGCGGGCACAGAUGACAGCGGUAGCAGUCGGAAAUUUAGUGAACGAGUUGGGUGAAAUCUAGUAUGCGCAGAUGGGGAAGCGCGAAAGGGAUGGCGGGGAGAGUGAGCGAGAGAAGGAGGAGCGAGAAGCCAAUGCUCACGUGGGACAAUUCUUACCGUCUCAGAUCAGGAAUAAGUGUAAGAGAUCCGAAGCUUAUGCCAAAGUGAAGAAUGAGAAGAAGAAAGCUAAGAAGCAAAAGAUUAAGCUUCGCGACGAAGCAGAGAAGGAAGCGUUGGAGCUCGGCAAUGUUCCCCCACCCAGGAAAAUCCCUCGUACUAUUGAAAACACCCGAGAAGCAGAUGAAACUGUAGCUCAGGCUGAUGACGAGGAGCUGCAAGCUGAAGAGGGUGCCGAUGAGUUCAGCCAGUAUUUUGCUCAUGAGAUCACUCCGAAAGUCAUCAUUACAACCUCGCAACAGAAUUCAGUGGCUACAAGGAAGUUUUGUGCGGAUCUUCUCACCGUAAUUCCGAAUUGCCACUACUACAAACGAGGGACUUACAAUUUGAAGCAGAUUGUUAAGUACGCCAUCAAUCGAGAGUUUACCAGUAUUAUCGUCAUUAACGAAAAUCGGAAAGAACCAAAUGGGAUGCUUGUUGUAAACUUGCCUGAAGGUCCAACGGCGCACUUCAAACUGUCCAGCGUCGUCCUUAGCAAGAGGAUCAAGGGACAUGGUAAAGCAUCCCGCCAUCAGCCAGAGCUGAUCUUGAACAAUUUCACCACACGCUUGGGCCAUCGAGUUGGAAGGAUGUUCGCGUCAUUAUUCCCGCAGGAUCCAAAUUUCCGAGGAAGGCGCGCAGUCACAUUCCAUAACCAGCGUGAUUUUAUUUUUUUCCGACAUCACAGGUACAUAUUUGAAAGCAAAGAGAUUAAGGAGAAAAAGGAGAAACCGAACAAGGUAGACCCAAAGGCCGUGAAAGAGAAGAAGAAACUACCGAAGGAACAAGUCAUUGCCCGCUUACAGGAGUGUGGUCCACGAUUUACAUUGAAGAUGCAGAGUUUACAGCAUGGGACUUUUGACACGAAGUAUGGAGAAUAUGAAUGGCUCCAUAAGCCCGACAUGGACACCAGUCGCAGACGAUUUUUCUUGUAGGCUAAUCAGAGCAGAAAUGCUCCCAUUGAGAGUGUGAAAUAGUCAAAGGCUUUAGUUAUAGUAGUUGUCCAGAACGCGGACAGUCUUCAGUAGGUCAGAACUUGAUUCUAUACAUGGCGGAGCAAUUUAUCCUCAAUCCUAGUACCAGUUUUGCAGCGGAGAAAAAUGUGAAGAUUGCCUUGUGUACAUCGAGGCCGACGAGUUCGACCUGUUAAAGGAGCGGAGCAGUUCGUAUAGGAUAAUGAUCUGGGCGAGGUAGAGAAUUUCAAAAUGUUAUCAUAAUCAUGGAGUGAACAUCGAAAGCAAAAGUGAAUUUUUGAAAUGUUCAUUGCGUCAAGUAU